AUGACAGUCGCAACAGGGGCGGACACAGGCGUCACCUUUGCUUUGGAGGACGAGGAUCAUACCCUCGCCAACUCCCUGCGACACCUGCUGAACCGCAACCCCCACGUUAGUUUCGUGGGAUACAGCAUACCGCACCCAUCUGAGAAAGUGGUCAACCUGCGCAUCCAGACCACAGGGGAGAUAUCAGCGGUGGAGGCACUAAGACAAGCCUGCCAGAGCCUGAAACAGGUCUGCGAACACAUAAAGGCAACUUUCCAGGAAGAGUACAGGGAGCAUGUGGAAAGUACUGGGCUGGCAGAUGCAGCGAUGGCAGAUUGA